CUAUUGGAGAUAGACUGUCCACGAAAGGCAACAAGUUACUGCUGUUUCCGAAAACAAAGGGGAAAACUUCGAUUUGCGCUCGCUGUUAGGUUGCAUUCAAAGACUGGCGCGUUCGUUUUAGCCUGUGGUUCAGUAUUGGACAUGAAAGGCACGCGUGAUAGGACAUUGAAUAGCGAACCGAGAAGAAACAUUACCAAUGGAGACGACAACAAUGAUAGAGACACUGACAGUACCAACGGGUAAAUCAAAGUCGGUCAAGAGAAAGAACAGCACAACCAAGGAGCGACGCCAGAAAAAAAUGGGGAUUCCCCCCCCCUUUCAUUUGAUCCAGCAGAGUGAGGAGUCGUUGGGGAACCCUGCUGGCGCCAGCGUCAACGACGUGCUGGAGGGCGUGUCCAAUCUCCUUCUCGGAAAGAAAAACAUUGUUGUUCUGGUAGGGGCGGGGAUUUCUACCAGCGUGGGGAUUCCCGACUUUCGUUCCAAGGACAAGGGCCUUUACAAUACGCUGGACGCGGAGGCUCUGGGCCUGAGCUGCCCGGAGGACCUCUUCUGCAUAGAAUUCUUCCGCGACAAUCCCUCCCCCUUUUACAAAUUUGCCACACAUUUAUAUUAUCCAAACAAAGAGAAGGAGGAGAGCAAGUCAAAGAUCAAAAACAACAAUAACAGAACAUCGAAUAGCAAAAACACGAGGAGACGGAGCAAACAUGUAGAACCUGUGAGAGCACCAGCAAGGAAGAGCCGAAGAAUAGAGACCAAGGGAGAACUGCACAAACAGCAGCACAGAGGAGAAGAAGAGAAACAGCGAAAUCAAGUUCACAGCGACGUUGCGAACCACGGAAUGGCCCUGCCGAGCGAUUCUCACAAAUUGCUGGCCCUGCUGGAGAAAAAGAAGAUGCUGCUCCGGGUCUAUACCCAAAACAUCGACGGCCUGGAAUCGAUCGCGGGCGUUUCGGACUCGAAAAUCGUCUACUGUCAUGGAUCCUUAAAGUCGAUGAGCUGCACAAAGUGUUCCAGAAAAAAGCUCCCCCUCGACAGCGAAAUCUUGGCUUCGAUCGAAACGGGCAACGUACCACUUUGCCAGGCAGCGAUCAAAAGACCUAAGGGAUCCAAUAAUGUGAAAGAACAAGAGCGGGAUUCGCCUGCCAGGACUAGCAACCGAAGAAGGAAGCGACCGCGAUCGUUCGCAACUACAAGGGGCGAGGGUAGUGACGUGUGCAAUAACUGCACCGAUGGAAUUGACGGUGGUGAUACCAAAAACAGUUUCAACAACAAAACCAGAACGGGAAAUGUUUGUGGUGGAGUCCUUAAGCCUGGGAUAACUUUCUUCGGAGAAACCCUCGACAAUUCCGUCGCGCGAAAGAUCGAGUCGGACCAGCACAAGGCUGAUGCUCUCAUUGUUAUCGGAACCUCCCUGAGUGUAGCACCCAUCUCGAAGGUGAUCGAAUACCUUCCGCCAACCAUCCCGCGGAUAUUGAUCAACCGGACGAUUGUGCAUCCCAAGAAAGCAACAACGACUGUCAGUAGUGAGAACAAGCAUGGUACAAACGACUUUCGAACCAAUUAUGUGUUCGAUGCCUAUCUGCUGGGGUUCUGUGAUGAUGUCACUCGAGCUCUGGGGAAACAGCUUAGUUUGGGCUUUGAUAUCGGAGAAGGCGAAACGAGGAAAGAAAACCAGGAGCGAAAAGCGAACAACAAAAAGCGAACCGCAAUCCAAUCAAAAAGCAACAAUCAUGCUUCGGCAAUGGCCGCAAAACUCUUGACGAGCGUGGCUAACGACGUGGAACCAUCGCUGGCACCAUCGUCGUCCUUGGUGUCCUCCAGAUCUGCCUCCAGUGCGAGCAACAACGAAUGGUCGUCGGUAACGGUCCCGAAAGAACGUGUGAUUCUAUUUCCCGGUGCUCUCUCCAAUGCUUCUGGGAGUGCUGCGAGUGACAACGAAGUUGCCGAGGAAGUCUACAACGAGAUUGCCCAUUGCGACGGAUGUUUGAAACAGAUUCCACGGGGGAGGCCGAUCUUCAAGUGCUGCAGGUGUUUCGAUUUCGAUCUGUGCCAGAGGUGCUAUCCAAGGGUAUCAAAACUGCACUGCAACGGCGAGCAUACGUUUCGAAGAGAAUGAGGCAAAUCGCAACAAGAGAUUUCAUCGGUCAAUAACAACUGUCUAAGCUUUUCUUGUUCUGGGACUACGAUACGCUUAAGCAUAGCAUUCGAAUAGAGUAAGUCAUGAAAAUAGUACUUGUGCGCAUUUCAAGUCUUUAGUAUUCGUAUGGACUUUCUAAUACAAUAGAUCGACUUUUUUUUUACGAUCAGUACCACAUCACCAAGAUUCGAUUCAGUCCGCUUUCGUUAAACGGAUGCUGUUGUCUGAAUUGGCAUGACUUUCAGACUCUCCCUCCUUGUCAUCGUCGUCAAUGAGAUGCAAUAAUUCGCUGUUGCUCAGGCUGGAAUACAGAAGGCUCCGCACAGACGCAUUUCCCAUCAUGGAAGACGUCCGCGAGGAGGAUUGGGCCGAUUUCAAGAGCAAGGAGCUCCUGCGAUUUUUUCGUUCCGAGGCACUGUCGGAGCUAACGAUAGAGGCAUCUCGAGUGAAAGACUCAAACCGAAUCAUCUGGGGCGUUUCUGGCGAUUGUUGCUGUUGCGUUUCUGGUUGGUCUGCAGCGGGUGGCGGUGAUUGGAGCGGAGCGGUUCCUUCUUCCUCUGUUUUCUCCUCACUGCUCGUUGUCGUCGCUGUCGCCGUCGUUACUGAUUGCUUAGUCAAGGCGGAGGAUGGAGCUGCCGCAUAUGCCCCAUCUUCCAAGGAAAUUGCCGCAGAUUCGGUCAGUGCGUUAGAAACCGUCGGCGGGUGCAGGUCCGGCCGUUGCGAAAUCGUAGAGGGAUACCGAAAGAUCUGGAAGUCGACACCGUACAUUUCGUAUGUCAAAUUAAGCGUUUCCUGGUCAUACAGGUCAUACCAGGGUUUUGAGGUCUUUCGUUUGUUAGUGUGGGGCAUACCAAGCAGGGCGUCUCGAACCACCUUCGGUAGAUCGUGGAUGGACGAAUCUUUAGCAUUUUCUAUGUCGCCGGGAUUUUUGAGGUACUUGAGUUCUUCCUGUUUGACGAUAGAUUGGACCAUCUGGGCACCUUCGAAGUGGGUAUACUCGAACAUGGGUAUCACAUGACAGGGUGUGUACCAGUCUUCCAUCUCCCCUGAUUCUCGAUAGUAUUUCAUAUUUUUGUACCAGGAUUUGACAAAGUGUGAGAAGGACUCUCCGGAACCGAAUCGAUUGUACAUGUAGAUGCUGACCAUCCGGCUAUAUGGAUUUCUUACAAUGGCCAGUGAAGAAACCUGUUCCAUUUCUUCCGGCGUAACGUAGCCGUAGUUAAGCAUUUUAUGUGCUGUUAAAUGAGGCAAAUACCCGUGAAUGUUUGCACCCGUCAGGUAUUCCAGGUUCUCCAUUAAUCCCAUCAAAACGUAGCGAACGAUGAGCAAGAAGCUGUGUCGAAUGACAGCAAUUCUUGCAAUGGUAGGCGCCACAAAGACGAAUGUCAAUCCAAACAUGAGAGCCAAAAAGAAGGCAAUGAAAAAACUAGUGAUUA